AUGGCUGACGGCGCCGCUAACGGCAAUCCCAGCAUGGAUGCCUUCAAAGCCAGUAAGGUGCCCAAACUGACGUCGUCUCCAGAUGCCACAUCUGCCUACAACACCAUCACCAACGGUCCCGUAGCUCAAAACGUCAUGGACGAGUCCGCCAAGGCAUCGGCCGAGCUUUCCAAGCUCGCCGCCGCCCGCCAUACCCCUGAUCACCGGGCUGCCACCGGCCAGCCGCUCACGCACUACCACUCCUUUUUCUCGGAGCUCCUGUCAUGGAACAACCCUCGUGCUUCGGCCAUUGCGUAUGCCACCGCCGUCUCCCUUAUCUUCUCGGUUAGGUACCUGGAUAUUUUCCGGUGGAUGUUCAAGCUCACUUGGAUGGUCUUGGCCAUCACCAUCGCGGCCGAAGUCGCCGGAAAGGCGCUCAUGAACAACGGCUUUGCUACUCAACUCCGUCCGCGAAAGUACUACACAGUUCCCAGAGAAACGCUCGAUAGUUUGAUUGGCGAUGUCCACGAGCUUAUCAACUUUUUCGUGAUCGAGUCCCAGCGCGUCUUGUUUGCUGAGAAUGUCUGGGUCUCCGCCGCGGCCGCUCUCGCCGCCUUCUUCUCGUAUUAUCUUGUCCGAAUCGUGCCGUACUGGGGCCUGGCCGUGAUCGCCACCACCGUGACCUUCUUCGCGCCCCUCAUCUACACCACCAAUCAGGAGCUUAUUGACGCCCAACUGAAGCACGCGGGCGAGAUUGUCAAUGCUCAGACGGCUCAGCUGCGCACCGUUGCGCAGAAGCGCACCGAGCAGGCCACUCAAGUGACCAAGCAGUACAUGGGCGACUACACAGCCAAGGCCCAAGCAUUGAUCAAGGGCUCGCGCGGUCACGAGCAGCAGAACCACAAGACGGAUCUCAAGCCGUCCGACUUCCCUGCUGCUCCCAAGGAGGAGUUGAAGCCCGCGCAUAUCAAUGUCCCGGAGCCUGUCAAUGUCCCGGAGCGGGCCGUCGCUGACAAGCCCGAGCAGGAGCCCAUGAUCGCCUCCUAA